AUGAACUUUGACAUUGACCUUGCUCAGAACUGCAGUUAUACUCUCCAGAGCCCCAACGGUACGCUAGAGAGCCCUGGCUACCCAUACGGCUACCCCAACUAUGCCAACUGUACGUGGGUGAUCCUGGCAGCGGAACACAACAGGAUACAGCUGGUGUUCCAAGGUUUCGCUCUAGAGGAAGACUUCGACCUGCUGUCUGUCUACGACGGCCCGCCCAGCCCGGGGAACCUUAGGACCAGGUUGACGGGGUUCCAGCUGCCGUCGCCCAUAGUGAGUACAGGACCCAGCCUCACACUGUGGCUGCUGACAGACUAUGCUGUCAGUGGACAAGGCUUCAAGGCCAUCUAUGAAGCUCUACCCAGCUAUACCUGUGGUAACCCCGGCCAGCUGGUCAAUGGUCUUCAACAGGGCUCAACCUUUAACAUUGGAGAGAAGAUCAGGUACAGUUGCAGCCCCGGCUACGUGUUGGAGGGUCACACCACGCUGUCCUGUCUGGCUACGUCUGCUGGGACCGCAGCAUGGGACUUCCCCCUGCCCUACUGCAGAGCGGAUGAUGGUUGUGGGGGUACGUUGCGAGGCCAGAGCGGUGUGAUCACCAGCCCCAACUACCCAGGGGAGUACAGCAACAAUGCGGACUGUACCUGGACCGUCCUGGCUGAGCCUGGAGACACAAUCGCCCUGGUCUUCUCUGACUUUACACUGGAGGACGACUAUGACCUGCUGGAGGUCAGCGGCACAGACGGACCCUCUCAGUGGUGA